AUGACUUGGGUCUCUAAAACGGUGACCGUUACUGGUCUAGUUCUAUUAGCACAUGCUUGCUACUCCGCGCAAGAGCACUCCGUCAUCUCGUCAACUGCGGUGCAUCAUGGCCAACCGCAGCCGCUCGCAACACACUCGCUCCCAAUCGACAUAUCGAUCGAAGCACUGGUAGCGACUUUGAUCAUUGUCCUGGGCUUGGUUCUGGGAACUCCCAAGCUUCGACCAAUUAAGUGGCACGAAUGGGCUGGCAAGAUUGAGCGCGAAGGAGAGGCUGGUUUCCAAACAGGAAGUGGCGAGGUGGAAAAGGACUACCGUGGAAACCCUUUCAGUGUGCUUGAGACGAGGCCAGGUUUCAUUGACAUCCGCAAGCAGCGACGUGAAUUCACGAGUUGGGUCAAGGCUGACGAGAAGUGA